GUUCCCAAAGAUAUGCAGGCUGUAAUUAGCUUAAUAAAAUGCCCCCAAAAGUCCCAUUUUCACCAUAGCCUUCUCCAAAAGAAUUCCACCCAACCUGUUAUAGGCUUUCCUCAUAUUCAAUUUAAGAGUAAUCGAACCCCUUCUACCCUGAAACUGUUUAGCCAUAGAAUGAUAGCCCUAAUCGCAAACCCAAACACCCUAUCAUAAUCCAACGGCUGUAAUCUCAUCUCGCACUUCCAUCAAGAAAUCAGAAACCUAUAACCACCGCCUUUAUUAUAUCCCCAUAUAUAAACCCCUCUUAUCUUUAUUCAAAAAUCAAACAAACGGAAGUUCAUUCAAAAAAACAAAAAACAAUUAACGGCGAUCUAGUUUCGUAGCGAUGGCAGAACACUUAGCUUCGAUAUUCGGAACGGAGAAGGACCGCGUUAACUGUCCGUUCUAUUUCAAGAUCGGCGCGUGUAGACACGGCGACCGCUGUUCAAGGAUCCAUACCAAGCCGAGCGUGAGCCCUACGCUUUUGCUUUCUAAUAUGUAUCAACGUCCUGACAUGAUUACCCCUGGCAUCGACGCUAACGGCACCGCUUUUGAUCCGAGCAAGGUUCAGCAGCACUUUGAGGAUUUUUAUGAGGAUCUUUUUCAGGAGCUAAGCAAAUAUGGUGAAAUUGAUAGCUUGAAUGUCUGUGACAACCUUGCUGAUCACAUGGUCGGGAAUGUGUAUGUUCUCUUUAGAGAGGAGGAGCAUGCUCAAAGUGCACUUCAAAAUUUGGGCGGGAGAUUCUAUGCUGGGCGUCCCAUCAUUGCUGAUUUCUCGCCUGUGACAGACUUUCGUGAAGCCACCUGCAGGCAAUAUGAAGAGAACGCAUGCGAACGUGGUGGCUAUUGCAAUUUUAUGCAUGUCAAAAAGAUCGGCAGGGAGUUGAGGAAUCAAUUGUUUGGGAGGUAUAGACGAAGGCGCAGCCGCAGCCGCAGCCGAAGUCCGGGCAGGCGUGGCAGCCAUGAAGAGUACAACCAUGGUAACCACCGCCCAGGUAGAAGACAUGGUGAUGAGGAGCAACAUCGUGGAGGUCGAAGCAGGAGGCACAGGAGUAUAAGCCCUGAUCGCAGACGUCGAAGCAGAAGUCCUGGGAGAAGGCGCAAUCGAAGCCCAGUUAGGGAAGGCAGUGAGGAGCGACGUGCUAGAAUUGCCCAAUGGAACAAGGAAAAAGAAGAGCAACAGGGAAGUUCUAAACAGGUCAACACAGAUGAUGGUGAGAGUACCGGUGGAGUUGGUGGUAAUGGGUAUAGGCAAGGACAGCGUGCUUAUUGAUCCAUUUUGGACGGGUGGUGUGCAGGUUCACAGUACUGUCAUAUGGAAUUGUGAUUUUCUUUUGCAUCUUUUUAGUCAUGGUGCUUGACUUUGUGCUUGAGUGCAUGAUUAGCCCCAUAACUUGAAAUGACCAAGCUCUUUAUCAAUUUUGCAUUAGUAAGUGGGACUUCACACGACAGCACGUCAUGUUUUUCAAAUUUGAACCUUUUUUAAACUAAAGUGUUUCUUAAUCGCUUCUAAUGGUGUGCGUGUUUUGUUUCUCUGCACUUUGAAAAAUUCUUUUUCUGUUGCAUUUGCUGUUUUGAAAGUUUUUAAAACCAGUCUUGAGUCUUUUGUACAUCUGUAUAGCUAGUGAGUGCAUGUUGAGAUUCAUGCUUGUGUUUUAUGAUUUUUACAACAGAUUUUGUCACAAGUACAAUCGAGCACCCUACCAUCAAUUAUCAUGGGGUUUAUAACCGGUUUUAUUUCCAUGAACUUGUUUUUUUAGCUUAUUGUCUUGAUUAGAAUAAGUUUGAUUGCUUACAUUUUUGAUUGAGUUUUGCAGGUUCAGGUAUCCCUGCUUGUGAAAGGUGCAAGGCAUUCUUUUUGUAAUAGCUCUUACCAUAAAAUUUGUGUACAGGUUGUUGGGUGUGCUUUCAGAGGUGGAUUUUGCAGGCCCCUUAAUGUUUCCGAUCAACGCAUCAACAGCUGGAUUCUGUGAUCACUGGCACGAAACGCAGCCUUCUGCUAUUUUGGAUUGUGUUUUUUUUUUUAUCUUUUUUCUAUUCUGCAGGAUUUUUCUUAACUAAAGUUUUGGUCUGUGGACUUAUAAUCUUGUGAUGUAACUUUUCUUUUGUUCU